UUAUUAUACAAGAAGACAGCACUAAAAAGGAGUAUGAAGUAGUUGGACGUUUUCCAUUGGUUGGCCCUUGGUGGAGAGUUAAUGUUAAAGUUAAAAAACUGGGGUCGAAGUACUUUGCUCAAGGAUAUCCAUCCUAUUUUCUGCGGACUGAUAUAGAAGAAAACAACCGACAAGUCUUUUCACUCUUUCUUAAGGAAUGUGCUGUUCCUGAGUAUUUUAAAGAAAAGUUUUUUAGGUGGCUUCCUGUGGAGUCUGUGCUGAGUUUUGGAGAUCUUGAAAAAACCCUAAAAGAUUUCCAAGUUUCACACUUGAAGACAGGGAUUAAACAUAGAGACACAAAGGAUUAUGACAUCUUCUUCUAUGUUUCAAAAUCAUUUGCAGGAAAGGCAGCACUGGUAGCUCUGACUUUUCCUAUGAUACUGGAGUUCUUGCCGAUUCUUCUGCCACGCCAUUUUUGCUCUCUGUUGGAUAUGGUGUGCUGGCAAAGAAAGACUGAAGAAAACAACAGUAAAGAUAGUGAGGAAGAGCAUUUUCAAGACAAGAUGCUAACAAAAUUGGAUGAGAUACUAAAGAAUGAGCUAUGGAAACUUGGAUUCAGCAGGAUUACCUAUAGGGAACUGAAUCUUUCUUACUGUGAGGCAACAUGGGCUGCCUUUUGUCAGUGUGAACAUCUCCUCUGGAAGAUUCCUGAGUUGCAGAAGAAUGCAUUAAUUCUGUACGAUCAACUCAAGAAACGGUGUAGAGAAAUGGGACACACUUACGAAGAUCAAGAUGAAUUAGCUCGUUUUGUGUCUAAAGAUAUGUCCAUCGAGCAUGUUUGGCAAUCUCUUGAAUUCUUGAAAGAUCAGAGCAUAGUGAUUAGGGCAAAAAAACUAGUGUUUCUGCCUUAUCUUUACAAAUCUGAAAAAGACAUUGCAAUGUAUAUAGGUGACCUUAUGUCAAAGCACUCAUGGAAACUGGAUGUUGAUGUGAAAAAGGUACUUAAUGUUUCUGAGAUGUCAAGAGCAACAGUAGAUACCAAAAUGAAUGUUACCCAGGCUCAUGAAAUGGAACAUCUGAAAGAAAAUAGUCCAGACAAUCAUAACUGUGAAAAUCACUUUGCUGAAAAGGAAGUGGGUUCUACAUCUGCUACCCAAAGUAAGGCAGAGUUAGACUUAGAUCAGGUGAAUGCUUUGGAGAAGAUUUGUUCUAAUCCUGUCACAAUCAUAAGUGGAAAAGGAGGCUGUGGGAAGAGUACAAUAGUUAGCUGCCUUUUUCGUCACUUAAAGCAGAUGGAAAAGGAAGUGGAAGCUGCUUCUAAGGCCUUUGAAGAAGACCUGGCUGCGUCUGAGGAAUGGAAUACCUUUGAUCUUAAUGGGGAGUCAGAGAAUACGUACACAAAAAAAAAUCUGCAUGUGCUAUUUACUGCACCUACAGGGAGGGCUGCAGGCCUUUUGAGGGAAAAAACGAAUAUUCCUGCAUAUACACUACAUCAGAUAAUCUAUAGUUUUAGAUCAUGGAGGCAGAGCGAACAAUUACAGCCAUGGAAGUUUUCUACUGUGACAGUUCUGGUUGUGGAUGAAGGAAGUUUGGUAUCUGUACGCAUUCUGAGUUCAAUUUUAAAACUCUUAUGCGAGCAUGCUCAGCUUGCCAAACUUAUUAUUCUAGGUGAUACUAGACAGCUACCAAGCAUAGACCCAGGAAACCUGUUGGCUGAUAUCUUUGAGGGUCUAAAAUCAAGAGGCUUUUCUGUGGAACUGCGAACUAACCACAGAGCUGAAUCACAGCUAAUUGUAGAUAAUGCAUCAAGAAUCUCUCACCGGAAGUUUCCUGAGUUUGAUGAGGUGCUGAAUGUUUCUGCUUGUGAUGAGGAAAUGAAAAUGCCAAGCCCAGAAAAGAAAUUCAUUUUCAUUGCUUUGCCUGCUGACGGGGGUUGUGACAAGUUGCAAACUGCCAUAAAGACUUUACUUAAAAAAGGACCAGGAUUGCAGGAUGCCAAACAAUCACAGUUCAUCGCUUUCAGAAGGCAAGAUUGCGAUGUAAUAAAUGAACUUUGUUGCCAACACUAUUCAAAUCAUUUAACUAGAGACCAUAAAAAACAUCUCUUAUUUCAAAUUGGCGACAAAAUUUCCUGCACACGUAAUACGUACCUCAAGGAUCUCUUGCCAGACUGUGAUUACAGGGAAGAUCCUAAUCACCAUGAAUGCAAAAGUGGAGAAACCACCCUCACUGCAGAGACUGCUGAGGAGGGCAAACGACUGUGCAAUGGAGACAUAUUUUUCAUAACACAGGAUGUAGAAAUUGAUAAACAGCGCUUACUGACCAUCAGCAGCACGUAUGGCUCUACGUUCACUGUGAAGUAUAAGGCACUGAAGAAGCUAUGCCACAUAAAACAUGCAUGGGCCAGAACUAUUCACACAUUUCAGGGUUCUGAGGAAAAAACUAUUGUCUAUGUGGUUGGCAGCCCUGGCCGUCAGCACUGGCAGCAUGUGUACACAGCCGUGACCAGAGGACGUUGCCGUGUCUAUGUAAUAGCAGAAGAGCCGCACCUCAGGAGAGCGGUCACUAACAAGAAUAUGCCCAGAAAAACUCAAUUACAGAGAUUUUUGAGAGAGGCAAUCCCAGAAAGAAGCGAUUGUCCCACACACACUUCCUCUCCCCUGACCAAGAGCUGGCUAAAUCAGGAGCUUGAGACUCAGGCUGUUUGUGUAACCCAAGGUGCUUCUGAGCCACCUGAACCUCUAACAGACCUGAUUAAACAGGAAGAGUCAGCAGUUCUCAGUAAAGAGCAGACAGACAUUUUGCAGCUAAGUCCACGUAAAAGACAACACAUCCUUGCAGAGAAUUCUGAGGAUAGAGCAGUAGAAGAAUCCCCACUUCAAUCUUCCAGACUUAAGAAUCUAACUUUGGGUCACAUAACUCCUAGGAAGCUUUUAAAGAAGUAA